AGAUUAAGUUACAACAUCAUAACCAAUAAACUAUAAACAUAAAAUUAUUGUUAAAUUUUACAAUAGUGAAAUCCAUAUAAUUUUGACAAUAAGUGACUUUUUUCUAUCUUUCUUAUUAUUUGAUUUUUUUAUUAGGAGUAUAUAAACUAAUUUUAUACUAGUUGUUUUAGAUGGUCGAGAGAAGAUGUACCUCUUGAUGUUAUUGUAUGCUAACUGAUGCACAACAUUCACAAGAUACAGUUAUGGAAACAUCAGAAGAGGAGGAUGAUGUAGAUGAUACGGAUUGGGAUUGGAUGGAGGCUGAUGAUUGGGGAAGAAACUUCUGAUUUUUAUUUGUAUUUUUUAUCUUCAUUGUCUUCUUUCGAACACUUUUUUGUUAUUGUGUAUGCUUUUGGAGUUUUUAGUUUGUUUCAGUUUCAAGGUUUUGUAAUAUGCUAAGUACUGGAAACUAUAGUCCAUACAUGAAAGCUAUUUUAAUAUGUUAUAGUUCAAGCUUAAUUUGUUUCAUUCCAAGCUUUUAUAAUAUUCAAACAACUUUUGUUUUAAAUUUUCACUUUUUGCGUAUGACCUUGGCAUUUGAUAACUAAUAUGCCAUCUCCAGAAUUGGAGGCCAUUGUAUGUAGUGGUAUAAUAUAUCCAUUGUGAUGUUUGGUAACUAAUCUGUCAUCUCAAGAAUUGGAGGCUAUUGUAUGCAGUAGUAUAACUCUAUAGUGUUGUGCCAAAUUGUAAAUAUUCUGGUGCUUCUUUUGUUCUUCUAGUGCUUAAGCAAGCAGAAGUGAUCUUGAACAGAUAAGACUUAAGACAAGAAAUAAGACUUAAGUCAAGAUAAUAGUUCUGGUGCUUCUUUUGUUCUUCUAGUGCUUAAGCAAGCAGAAGUGAUCUUGAACAGAUAAGACUUAAGACAAGAAAUAAGACUUAAGUCAAGAUAAUAGUUCUGGUGCUUCUUUUGUUCUUCUUUCACUUUGUUGUUGCUGCAUAUAUUCUGCCUGAUGUUGUUGUUAUUUUAUCUUCUUUCACUGUUUUUCUUUGUCAUCACUGCUGCUUUUGUUUUAAAUUCUGUUCUUGCAUAUGACCAUUGUUUUCAUUUUUUAAUUUGGUUUUUCCUUGUAUUGCAAUCUGAAACCAUUACUUGGAAACCAUCAUAUAUGCAUCUUUUCCAACUUACCAUGUGAGACUCAAGUUUACUCUGAAACUAUCAUAUGCUGCGCAUUGCCAUAGUUUACUCUUAAACUAUCAUAUGCAUAUCCUUAACUUAUCAUAUGAAGCUGCACUUUAUUUGAAAUUCUACUGUUGUCAUUUAUAUAAUACCUAAUAAAGCUAUUUUUAUUUGUAUUCUUCAUCAGAUUUAAUAGAUAUGAGUCAAGAAAGACCUUCAAAGCUCAAAAGAAAGACAAGCGCAAUAUACACAAAACCUGGAACAAUGACAUCUUUGGCAAACCAAAUAAGGACUUCGUUUAGCCAAAAAUAUAUUGUUCCCGCUAGACAAUCAAACAAAGAGCGGUCGAAUAUUAUUGUAGAGAAUCUGCCAGGAGUAGUAGCCCAUGCACAAACUAGAUCAACCACUUCUGCAAAAUAUGUUGCUCCUGCUAGACAAUCAAACAAUGAGCGUCUGAAUAUCAUCGAAGAGAAUCUGCUAGUGCCACAAUAUUCAGAAGUAGCAGCCCAUGUACAAACAAGAUCAACCAUUCCUACAACACAAGUAAUAGAGGAACAAGUAGAGGAACAAGUUCAGUUGGAUUCUACAACUCUUGUUGAAGAUGAACAAUGUGAAGAACAAGUUGAAGGCCCUUCUAAUCAAACAAGAAAAAGAGGAAAAACAAAGAUGAAAAGUGUACAUGGACGACAUGAGCGUAAAUUGAUUUUACUUAACAACUUAAAUCAACCUGUCAGUCUUAGUGAUGCAGUUGUGAUAGAAUUUGGAAGCUUCUUCGGCACAUUGGCAAGGAAUGCGACUCUAUGUCCUCUUGAUAUUUUGGAUUGGAGGAAGAUGGACACAAAAGAGGAUAUAUGGGAAUAUACCAAGGAUAAAUAUGAUAUUCCUGAAGCUGUAAAAAAAUAUACUUUUGAAUCAGUUCAAGCUGCCUGGAGAAAACAUAAGAGUAGAUUGAAAAAAGAUCACUUUGACCCCUAUAAAAGUGAUGAAACUCGAAUGUAACAUAUCCCUGAAGAUGUUCCAGUUUCUCAAUUUAAGGAACUCCUUAGGUAUUGGAACUCUGAGAAACUCCAG